UGUAAGGUUGCUAUGGUGAGCGAAAUAUGGCGUCCGAAGAAAAGUUAAGCACAUCAGAGAGAGUCUUGCCUUCUCAGAGUAAGAAACCGAAAAUGACGAAUGAUACGUGGCCAUUACAGCAGGAGGCGACAGAUUAUCUGGAAAAGCACAAAAUCAUGGAACUUUUCAACAACAUGACUGCACAGUUGAUAUUCAAUCGACCAGAUCAUCCUAAAAUCUUCAUGACUGAGAUGCUUGAGCAGCUUCAGAAAUCAAAGACUACACAUAUGGACUACCCUUGUUUAUUUGAUGACAGUAAUAUCCAGUCUGUGUUUGGCAUGUUGGACCCAACAGGCAGUGGUUGCAUUUCUCUGAAACAGUAUACUGAAGCUAUGAAAACUUUGGGGGUUGUUGGCUAUGAGGAGGUGCCGGCAGGAGGAGACAUAGAUAAGAUUUCUUUUGAAACUUUUCUCAAAGAAGCACGGACAGGAUUGAAUCAGGGCCUCAGCAACUUUCCAGGCACAAAAGGCUUCACAGAGGUAGACUUGAUGCACAACAUAUUUGAUUUUACUUGGAAAAGAUAGGAGAACUACAAGUCUCGCCAUGACUCCAUUCACCACUCCAGUGCACAUGAACUCUGGUUGUUUUUGUACAUGGUUCUGCAUAAAAUGGAUUCAUUAGUUUCUUCACAAUGGCGCACAAUAGAUCUCUUCAACUCUGUACAGUAUUCAGUUUGGAUUUUCAGGCAUCAAGCUGUCUGGUCAAGUCCAACAGUUCUGACAGCUUUAGACCUAUGAAAUGAAAUUCAUAACAAUACCAUAGUAUUUAUUUUGCCAUGUGCCAAGUAAAGUUAAGUUGUCAUGUGAAUUGUGUGAAAUGUACAUGUAAUUUUAUGUUGUAUUAAAUAUGAAAUAUAGAUGGCAUGUGUAUGGAAUGCUGGGAA